AUCGAAAUGAUUCCGGCUAAUGCUAAACGGAAUAUUAACCCGACUUAUAGUGAUGUUAAGAAUGCGCUGCCAAAAAGAAAUAAACGUACCGGAUUGACCGAUUUGAGCAAUGCUAUCAGCACAACCUUACAUAUUAGUUCAAAAGCCGGUGAGAUCAUCGAGAAACCCAAAAGGGUGCAACCCGUUGUACGAGCUAAGUCUGAAGAGCGGAAAUCCUUUCGUGCCAAUGAGACCAAGUAUGAUUCGGAUUCGGAAACCUCCAAACAUUUGGACUUAACGAUCUGGAUGGAUCCGUGUCCAGAAUUUGAUUAUGAUGCUGGUAAUCUUGGCGAUCCGUUUCAACUUCCGGAGUAUGCUAUGGACAUCUUCAAUUAUUACCACCAUCGAGAACUAAAGUUUCGUCCUUUUGAUUAUCUAUACAGACAUCCGCAACUAAAGAAAAUCCGUCGUGCAAAAGUUGUUGAUUGGUUCGUACGGUGUCAAGAAGAUUUUGAAGUUAAUCAUGAAGUGUUGUAUCAUACGGUCAAAUUGUUUGAUCUCUACAUGUGUGCCACCAAAAAUAUGGAACAGUUUGAUUAUAUCGGAGCAGCUGCAAUGAUUGUAGCAGCGAAACUAGAUCAGCAAGGUCCACCUCUUCCGGAUGAUUUCAUAAAUCUUCCUCUCACUGAGAGAGUCAAAAUGGUCAACAAGUACGAACGGAGAAUCUUAACUGCACUCAAUUGCGAUGUUAAUUUUCCGCUUUCAUAUCGUUUUUUGCGGCGUUACUCUCGUACUGGAGGUUUGGACAUGCAAACACUCACGUUAGCACGUUAUGUGUUGGAGACAUCGCUGCUUUUCUAUGAAUUUAUCUGUGUUCCGGACAGUUUAAUGGCUGCCGCAGCUUUACUUCUGUCGAUGAGGAUGAUAAGAGCUGGAGAAUGGUCAACAAAAUUGAUCAAAUAUUCUGGCUAUAAAUUGGAGCAUGUAGAGCCACUUAUGUGGCGCUUAAAUCAUAUGAUGAGGAUGCGUUCGAAAGUCUAUCCAGCAUGCAUAAGCAUAGAGGAAAAAUAUAGCCAUCCGAUUUUUUACAGUGCUGCCGAUAUACAACUCCUCCCAGACAAGCGCCCACGUAAUGAACCAGUUGGACCGCCUGUAGGCCUCGGUUUCGAAACUGUGGAACUUGUUUGA